CAGCUGGACCCGCCCACAAGAAGAAGAGUGACACGCCAUUCAAUUGCUGUCUGGACUGUGGUUGUAGAACCCGAGCUGAGCUUUGGACAUUGUUGGACAAAAGACACGAAUACGUCCACGUUUUCGCGUUCGGUGUCGCCGGGGAAAGUUGGCCUGAAAUCUUGGAGAAAAUGGGGAUCAAGAAAAAAAACACCAAGAAUCCGCCGGUGCUGAGCCAUGAGUUUGUUAUACAGAACCAUGCAGAUAUUGUUUCCUGUGUUGCUAUGGUGUUCCUUCUCGGACUGAUGUUUGAGGUCACUUCAAAGGCCGCAGUGUUAUUCAUAACGGUGCAGUACAAUGUAACCAUCUCGUCAAAUGAAGGCCCAGAGGAAACGGCCGUCAACCACUUCCAUCACGGCAUCAAAGACCUGGCAACAGUCUUCUUCUACAUGCUGGUCGCCAUCAUCUUGCAUGCCAUCAUCCAGGAGUAUGUGCUGGAUAAAAUCAACCGGAAGAUGCACUUCUCAAAGACCAAGCACAGCAAGUUCAACGAGUCCGGCCAACUCGGUGUCUUCUACCUGUUCUCCUUCGGCUGGGGCACUAGCAUCCUGCUCAACGAACACUUUCUCUCCAACCCAGUCAACCUGUGGGAGGGUUAUCCGCAUUUACUGAUGCCAUUCCAGAUGAAAUUCUUCUACAUCUGUCAGUUGGGCUACUGGCUCCACGCCCUGCCUGAGUUGUACUUCCAGAAAACAAAGAAGGAGGAUAUUCCCCGGCAGCUGGUCUACAUCUCCCUGUACCUUGUCCACAUCGCCGGAGCCUACGUCCUCAACAUGAACCGCCUGGGCUUGGUUCUCCUGGUGCUGCACUACUUUGUGGAGCUGGUCUUCCACAUCUCCCGCCUCGUGUACUUCAGCAACGAGAGCCGGCAGACCGGGUUCACUGUGUGGGCCGUUCUGUUCGUCCUGGGCCGGCUGCUGACCCUGUCCCUCUCUGUCCUCACCGUUGGCUUUGGACUCGCCACCUCUGAGCAACAAGGCUUCGACAUGGCCGCUGGAAACUUCAACGUGCUCCUUGUUAGAAUCACUGUGCUGGCCGCCAUCUGCCUCACCCAGGCCUUCAUGAUGUGGAAGUUCAUCAACUUCCAGCUGCGCCGGUGGAGGGAGCAGGGGCAGACCCAGACCCUGAAGAAGAAACAGGCCCCCGCCAAGAGCAAAUCAAAGAAAGAGAAGACUAACGGGGUCAAUGGAGUGACUUCUAACGGGGCCGACUCGCCAAGAGUAAAGAAAGAGAAGUCGUCGUAAAAUACACACAUGAACCUUUUCUAUAUCUGCCCCCCCCCCCCCCCCCCUCGCUCUGUCACCACCCCUCCCUCACCCUCUCCCAUGCACCUCCCUGGCCACGCCCAGUGGUCCCUCUCCCUUCAGCGCAUUAUGCAUCGUCCUCACCCCUUCUCCCCUGACUAACUGGCCCAGUUGGGCAGCAGGGAGAACCAUGAUUUAAUUUGAUUCAAUUAUUCUUUCUUCUGUUUUGCUUGCCACCAGUUGUCCAGCACGCCUUUACGUAAGCAGCCAUGCUCUGCUGUGCCAUAACAAGUAAAAAAUAAAUAAAUAUAAAUAUUCAAAAGAUAUUUUAUUUAAAAAAAUAAUAAAAGUGCCUAAUUGAUGCCAACCGACUGGUACCAGAAGUUAUGUUUCUUCUCUUUAGGACUUCAGGACUUAUGACCUCACUGUGUUUCUUCCAAAGUUAGACUGUAUAUUGCAGAUUAGGAUUUUCUUUUUCUUUUUAAUCGCUUACUUUGCUUUGGUUAUUUAUCAUUUUUUGUGUGGAUUUUUGCUUAGGACCAUUUCAUUUCGACCCAUGAGACAUUUAUUCGCAUACUUUAAAUGCGAUUUGUUUCACCCCACCGUUUCCUCAAUCAUAACAAAAGGUUGCACAAAGGCAUUUUAUAACAUCACAACUCCGGAACAUAACCGGCUGAAAAGGUAUUCAAAGUAACAAGGAAAUAUUAUAUUUUGUAUGGACUGCCGCAGGGUCCCGGCCCACUCUCAUGUUCUGAACGUUUUGCUAUGCCUCUGGUUUUUGUUCCAUAAACAUUGUGAAUAGAUUAGCAAAACAGAAUCAUGUAAAGAAUGGGAGAACAAUCUUGUGGCGUUUGUGUCCUGGUGAUACCGAGCCCCCGUUGAAGUGAGUGGGUGCUGGCUCGACCCUCACCCACUGCGGUCCCCAAAUGUUGUUGGAUUCACCCAGGAAUGACUUUCAUUGACGCCAUGUUGAAUGUUCUAGUUUUGUUUGAAUUGUGUAAACCAAUAAAUGCACCCCCUUGCUCUACUUUC